AUGACGCUGACGGUAAUGACCGCAAAAGGCCAGAUCACCACCAAGGAGCUAGGCACCGUGAUGCGCUCCCUCGGCCAGAACCCCAGCGAAUCCGAGCUCCAAGACAUGAUCAACGAGGUCGACGCAGACAACAACGGCACAAUUGAUUUCCCUGAAUUCCUCACAAUGAUGGCCCGCAAGAUGAAGGACACCGACUCCGAGGAGGAGAUCCGCGAAGCGUUCAAGGUCUUCGACCGGGACAACAACGGCUUCAUCUCCGCGACCGAGCUACGACAUGUCAUGACCUCGAUUGGCGAGAAGCUGACGGACGACGAGGUCGAUGAGAUGAUCCGGGAGGCUGACCAGGACGGUGAUGGGAGGAUCGACUGUGAGACGUCCCGCCAGCGAUGA